AUGACAGCACCCAAAUCCAUCGCCGUUGUCAUCUGCAGCACGCGCCCUCACCGCAUCAACCCCUUUGUCGCCGGUUACGUCGCCUCUGUCACCCAGUCUGUACCUCAGACUACCGCAAAGGUAGAAUUACUCGAUUUGGCAACUCUCAAUCUCCCACUGUAUAACGAGCCCGUCGUGCCAAGCUACCUACCAGCUGAUGAUCCCACGCCGCAUUAUCAGUACGAAUACACUCGUGCUUGGUCAGCUCUUGUCCGCAAAUACGACGGCUUCAUCUUUGUUACACCACAGUACAACUGGUCUGUUCCGUCGAGUUUGAAGAAUGCGCUGGACUACCUAUUCCAUGAAUGGAGUGGGAAGCCCGCCGCAAUUGUCACAUAUGGAGCCAGAGGGGGGAUUAAAGCCGAGAAUCACUUGCGAGAAAUCUUGAAGGGGCUUAGGAUGAAUGUGGUUGAAUCAACUGUGGCGCUUAAAAUCCCCAGAGGAGAUGCCAAGGGGGUAGAGGCAGAGGCGUUGAUGAAAGAAACUUGGGAAACUGACGGGGCAGAUGAGAAAAUCAAGGCGUUGUUUGCCAGCACAUUGGAAUUUUUUAGAAUAGAUGCAUAGAAUCAAGAUAUACGUUAAU